AUGGAACCACUUUCAUAAACUAACAAUCACAACUUCCCUAAACUUAUCUUAAAUGGAAACAUAGAACUCAUUUAGUAUAUUGAUCAAGAAACCUUUCAAUAACUUCCUAAACCUAAACCCAAAUAUUCCAGAAUUGCCUAGCUACCAAAUAAUUUUAAACAACUUAAAUCAACUUCUCUGUUGCAUUCUCUAUUAUUAUGA